AAGACAAGUUUCUUCCGCCCUGCGGCGGCUGAGGACCUUUUCCCAAGUUCCCGAUUUGGGUUCUGAGUUUUUUACCUGUGUCUCUGGUCUGGAGAGAUUCCCGGAUCUCCAACUAUUUUCACCACCCCUUGGGAAAAUGUGUAUCGACCUAAGAUUAAUUUCCACCUGAGCAGGGAGCCUCCUUUGAAAAACAGAAAGCUGGGAAUCUCAUCCCUAAGAAUUCCUGGGCCUCAGAAAGAGGGAAGAGUGCCUCAGUUUCUCAGCCUACACGGGACCCAGAGACCAGGACUGGCCUGGGGUCUCAAGGCAGCUCCGAACUAAAGCCUGGAACAAGCAGCUGUAUCCAGACUGGACAGGAGUCCAGGGGCCUGACUGCUGGAGAGGUGGGAACCUGGAGGUUCUGGGGGGAGAGCUUGCUGGGGAGGGGCUGGGAGGAGAGCAGGAACUGGGUUGAAGGCCCGCCGCCGCUUGGGAAGACAGGAAGGGAAAGAUCCAUGGGGAGGGGAAGCCAAGGGAUCUCAGCUAACACAGCUUCCCUUUCCAGGGGGCCAGGUGACCCCAAAGGUCAGUAAUGACGGGCCCACGCUCCUUGGUGCGAAUGCCUCCUUCUCCAUUGUCCUGCACUUCCCUGAAAGCCAAAAGGUGCUGCCGGAUGGGCAGGUGGUCUGGGCCAACAACACUGUCAUCAAUGGCAGCCAGAUGUGGGGAGGACAGCCAGUGUACCCCCAGGAACCUGACGAUGCGUGCGUCUUCCCUGACGGCGGACCCUGCCCAUCUGGCCCUAGGUCUCCAAGAAGAUGCUUUGUUUAUGUCUGGAAGGCCUGGGGUCAGUACUGGCAAGUUCUCGGGGGCCCGGUGUCGCGGCUGAGCAUCGGGACAGGACAGGCAGCGCUGGGCACACACACCAUGGAGGUGACCGUCUACCACCGCCGGGGGGCCCGGAGCUACGUGCCCCUUGCGCACUCCAGCUCAGCCUUCACCAUUACGGACCAGGUGCCUUUCUCCGUGAGCGUGUCGCAGCUGCGGGCCUUGGAUGAAGGGAACAAGCGCUUCCUGAGAAAUCAGCCUCUGACCUUUGCUCUUCAGCUGCAUGACCCCAGUGGCUAUUUGGCUGGGGCUGACCUCUCCUACACCUGGGACUUUGGAGACGGUACUGGGACGCUGAUCUCGCGGGCACUUGUGGUCGCUCACACUUACCUGGAGUCCGGUGCAGUUACAGCCCAGGUGAUGGUGCAGGCCGCAAUCCCUCUCACCACCUGUGGCUCUUCCCCAGUUCCAGGCACCACAGAGGGGCACAGGCCAACUACAGAGGCCUCUGGCACUACCGCUGGGCAAAUGUCCACUGCAGAGGCUGUGGAUACUACGCCUGAUCAGGUGCCAACUACAGAGCCUUCUGCAACCACAGCUCUGCAGGUGCCAACCACAGAGGGCAUAAGUACUGCCCCUGUGCAGGUGCCAACCACGGAGGGCACGGGUACUACACCCGAGCAGGCACCAACUUCACAGGGCACGGGCACCACACUUGCAGAGACGUCAGCCACAGAAGCUACUGGCACGACACAGGCGCAGGCGUCGUCCGGAGAGCCCUCUGGAACUACGGUUGCCCAGGCAGCAGUCACAGGGUUGGUGGGGACCACAGCGGGAGAGUUACCCUCGCUUGAGCCUGAGGAUCCAGAAGUCAGCCUGUCCACGCCUACAGAAGGCAUUUCUGCGUCCGCGAGCCCCCUGCUGAUUGGCACAGACACCUUAAGGCUGGUGAAGAGACAAGUGCCGCUGAAUUGUGUUCUGUAUCGAUACGGCUCCUUUUCCCUCACCCUGGACAUUAUCCAGGGUAUUGAGAACGCAGCGAUCUUGCAGGCUGUACCGUCCGCUGAGGGUGACGCCUUUGAGCUGACUGUGUCCUGCCAAGGCGGGCUGCCCGAGGAAGCCUGUAUGGAUAUUUCAUCGCCUGGGUGCCAGCCCCCUACCCAGCGGCUGUGCCAGCCCGUGCCACCAAGCCCAGCCUGCCAGCUGGUACUGCACCAGGUCUUAAAAGGUGGCUCAGGGACCUACUGCCUCAAUGUGUCUCUGGCUGAUGCCAACAGCCUGGCAGUGGCCAGCACCCAGCUUGUCAUGCCUGGUCAAGAAGCGGGCCUUGGCCAGGUUCCCCUGCUUGUGGGCAUCUUGCUGGCAUUGAUGGCCGUGGUGCUUGCAUCUCUGAUAUACAGGCGCAGACUGACGAGGCGGGGCUCCGCCCUCCCCGUCUCCCAGCUGCCGCAGGGUAGCACCCCCUGGCUGCGGCUACCCCAGAUCUUCCGCGCUUGCCCCACCGGGGAGAACAGCCCGCUCCUCAGUGGGCAGCAGGUCUGAGUAUCUCAUCCAAUGCUGUGAUUUCCCGCGCCUGACAGUGACACCUGUGUUUCUGCAGUCUUCCCUUGGAGCCUACUAUUACCUGAAAUAAACGCUCAGAACCUGG